AUGUCCUUUUUGGCGCUACGAUCUUAACUUAAAAUGUAUAGAAUCCGAAGAUCUGACACUGAAAAAAAAAAUUAAAAGUUUACUAUCGCUCACUGUCACGUUUGACAGUUCUUUUAAGUCGAAGUGUCUCCCAGUGGCAUUAUACGCGUUUAGUCGUAACUCUAAUAAACGCAACGAUGUCGGGAGGAUUAGAUAUAUUGACUCUCAGUGAGGAAGAUGUGACCAAGAUGCUUGCGGCCACAACCCAUCUUGGUGCGGAGAAUGUACACUUCCAGAUGGGGACAUACGUGUACAAGCGCCGCGCGGACGGCACACACGUCAUCAACUUGCGCCGCACGUGGGAGAAGCUGGUGCUGGCGGCCCGUGCAGUGGUCGCUAUCGAGAACCCGGCUGACAUCUUCGUGAUCUCGUCGCGUCCGUUCGGCCAGCGCGCCGUGCUCAAGUUCGCAGCGCACACUGGCGCCACUCCCAUUGCUGGACGUUUCACACCCGGUGCAUUCACUAAUCAGAUCCAAGCUGCAUUCAGAGAGCCUCGCCUCUUGAUAGUUUUGGACCCUGCGCAAGACCACCAGCCCAUCACUGAAGCCUCAUAUGUCAAUAUACCAGUUAUCGCAUUCUGCAAUACUGAUUCACCACUGAGAUUUGUUGACAUUGCCAUUCCUUGCAACACUAAGUCAUCCCACUCUAUCGGUCUCAUGUGGUGGCUCCUGGCUCGCGAGGUGCUGCGUCUGAGGGGAGUCCUCGCCCGCGACCAGAGAUGGGAUGUGGUGGUUGACUUGUUCUUCUACAGAGACCCAGAAGAGAGUGAAAAGGAGGAACAACAAGCCAAAGAACAGGCUGUUAUUCCGGCUAAGGCUGAAGUGCCACCACCACCAGUACACGAAGACUGGAUCGAGCCUCCGGAGCCGGUCAGCACGUGGACUGAGGAUACGCCAGCGGCCGCGCCCGCUGCCGCGUUUGGCGCACCCGCUGCUGCUGCACAGGAAGAUUGGGCUGCUCAGGUACAAGAGGAGUGGGGCACGCCCGCGCAGCCCGCCGCCCCCGCCGCGGCACCCUCGUGGGGAGGCUCGGCGCAGGACUGGACCGCCUCCUAAGCCGUGUGCCUAUAUCGGUUAACAUCGUUAACAAAUAAAUACCUAAAAAAAUUA